CUUCUUGUUGGAAGUUUGCCUACAUUUAACCUGUUCCUAAAAAGGGUAACUGCUCUAAUCUCUCAAACUACUGUCCUAUUGCUUUAAUUUCAUGCCUAUGGAAAGUUUUUUAAUCUAUCCUCAACAGGAAGAUUCUUAAACAUCCAUCACUUCACAACCUUCAAUCUGAUUGCCAGUAUGGGUUCUGUCAAGGCUGCUCUACUGGUGAUCUAGCUUUUCUUACUGAGUCUUGGUCAUCCUCUUUUAGAGAUUUUGGUGAAACUUUUGCCGUUGCCUUAGACACAUCAAACUACCCUCCUACAGCUUCUAUCCUUCUCUCUGUAACUUUGUCUCAGGUUUCCUUUUCUGACCAUUCUAUUGCUGGUAUGGUAGAUGGUCACUGUUCUUCUAAAUCUUUUAACAGUGGUGUUCCUCAGAGUUCUGUUCUGUCACCCACACUCUUCCAAUUAUUCAUCAAUGAUAUUCUAAACCAAACUUCUUGUCCUGCUGCUCCUACGCUGAUGAUACCACCCUGGACUUUUCCACGUCUUUUCAUAGAUAUCCAACCCUUCAGGAAGUAAGCAGUUCAUGCAUAGAAGCCACAGAAUGCCUGACUUCUUAUCGCUAUAAAAUUUCUGAUUGGAGCAGAGCAAACUUGGUAUUGUUCAAUGCCUCAAAAUUUCAAUUCCUCCAUCUAUUACCUCAGCACAACCUUCCAGACAACUAUCCCUCUUCUUCAGUGACAUUCAACUGUCUCCCUCUUCUACACUGAACAUCCUCAGUCUGUCCUUUUCUUAUAAUCUAAACUGGAAACUUCACAUAUCAUCUCUAGCUGAAACAGCUGCUAUUAAAUUAGGUAUUCUGAGAUGUCUCCACCAGUUUUUCUCACCCCCCACCCCACAAACUACUAACUCUGUCCAUGUAUGGAAUAUGCUUCUCAUGUCUUGGGAUGUUCUACUCAUACUGCUCUUUUAGACAGGGUGGAAUCUAAAGCUUUUCGUCUCAUCAACUUCUCUUCUCAAACUGACUGUCUUCAGCGUCUUUCUCAUCGCCACAAUGUUGCAUCUCUUGCUAUCUUCUACUGCUAUUUUACUUCAGCAACCCACCGCUAUUGCUGGAGAGGCUCCACAUGAGAUACACAAAGAUCAAGGUACCGACAGUGACGCUUUGUUCUCGGUACAGGCAAGACGUGUUUGUCUUACUGCGGUGGUUUGCCAUUUUGGCAUUAGUUACCCGUUAUCUGAAUUUCAGAGCGGGUUGGCACUUAUUUUACACCUUACUCACUUUGUUUUACCUUACUUUAUUACCCCGUGAUCCUGUUGGAGCGGGAAGAGUGCCUGGUGUUCCUUUCCUGUUAUCCAUGAGGAGCGGGAGGACACGGUGUUGAACAAGGCAUUUGCAUGGUUCAGUGACCUUUUAGUGGAGCAUGCAGAGAUCUUCUGGUCCCUGUUUGCUGUGGACAUGGAUCAAGUAUUAGCAGAACAACCCCCUGAUACCUGGGACUCCUUCCCACUCUUCCAGAUACUAAAUGACUACCUAAGAACAGAUGAUAACCUAAAAAAUGGACGGUUUCAUCAACACCUCAGAGAAACAUUCGCUCCAAUGGUUGUUCGAUAUGUGGAUCUGAUGGAGUCUUCAAUAGCCCAGUCCAUCCACAAAGGCUUUGAGAAGGAACGGUGGGAGAAUAAGGGAGGGGGCCGUUGGUAGAAAACACACAAUCCAAGAUUAAUUAUUUGCUUAGUAAAAUAUAAUAUUUUAUUUAUUUAUUUUCUUAUUUGUGUUAUUUUUGUUUUAUACUUGCACUAAUACAUUUUUUACAGUCAUACUGAAACAACAUCUUUAUACUAGCAUUUUCUGAAAAUAAGGUAACACAUUUUUUUUUCUUAAUAUGUGAACUGGUAAAAACUGGGAUACUAUCAUAACAGUAAUGUGAUUUUUAUAUUGUUAUUUUUAUAUAAUGAGAAUGAACUCAUGAAUAUGGCUACUCUGAUUUCCAGGAUAGAGUGAGAUGUAAAGCAGCUUUCUAGAAUAGACUGAAAUUUAAACCUGGAGAUAGUGAUAUUGAAAUUAGAUCAUCCCAUCCUCAUUAGAGUUUACUAUCCUUCUAACAUUUGUUGCAUUAAAUCAAGGUUUAUUCAUAAUUUGGUUUAAUAUUCCAAUUUCAAUUUUGUGCAUUUAUGUGCAUAUUAAUUUAUAUCAAAGUAAUGCAACACUCAGUAUCUCAAUGAAGACCCAACACAGAAGAGGCUGAGUAUCCUACAUCAAGUUAAUAAAGGUGUGCAAAAUGAAGUCACAAUGCAGAUUUAUGUACAUACAAGUAGUGUCAGCAUUCUCAAGUAACAAAGACUUCAGCUGUGAUACUAGUAUUACCAUGGUGGGAGUAUUCACACCCAAAUCUGUGUAAACCUUGUGUUGGAUUGUUGAGUGAGUGUAGUCAGCUAUCUCUUUUAGCAUUGUUUGUUUCUAGUGAAUUAUGGAAUAUAAAAGAGAAAUGUUUCAAAACAAAUUCAAAUCUCAAUAGGCCAUACUUGUUGUUUUGGGCAACUACAUGGGCAAUUUGCACUGAAAGGCCUGCCUCCCUGUCAUGUUUCAUGUUUGUUUUUGCAGCUUUGAUAGCAGGGAUGUCAAUAUUAUAUAUAUAUAUAUAUAUAUAUAUAUAUAUAUAUAUAUAUAUAUAUAUAUAUAUAUAUAUAUAUAUAUAUAUAUAUAUAUAUAUAUAUAUAUACAUAGGAGGCGAAGAAUUAGUAGCUCCUGUCUCCAUAGUCCAAAGCUUUUCCCUUAAGCUUCACAUAACAGUGCUGGAAUAGAGGGAUGAAGAUACUUGAAAAAUUUCACUGAACUGCAGGGCUUACUCAAUUGCUGUAUUCAUUGUAACUGAGUACAUAUAUUGCAACACUCAAACAGUACAGCAAAAGAAUGAACUCUCAGGAUGCAACUGUUCAUAAUAUUUUGUAUAAAAACAAAGAUUUGAUGAAUAUCUAAGAAUAAAAAAUGUCAAGGCACGAUUGGUUCAGUGUACUUCACUUUCUUAAAGACCUUGUGAUUAGAGCUGUCCACCCAAAAAGUUUUACAGUGAAAGGUCAUAGAAAGUCAUUCUCUUGCAUGAAAAUAAGAAAUUUAUGUAUAAAAACAAAAAUGUAUCAAACUUACAAUAACCUGAACCAGCAAAAGAACCCUCCUCAAAACCAGAGUUCUGAAGAGAAACAAGGAGGUAUGUUUGGCAAGUUUUUGAUUACAAGAAAAUAAUUUUGUUGCACAUCACAUUUGAUGUGCAUGUUAAGCUAAGAAGUUCCAAACCAUGUGUACCAUACUUUUGACUUCGAUUCAGAUUGAUGGUUUUACAUCAGACUCAAAUGCAUAUGUAUAUACAGUAUUGGUGGGCAAAAUGUUUCAAGCACU